AUGGGGAAGAUUCUCUUUCCUCUGCUCCACCAGAUCAUCUUCUACGAGGACAGGAACUUCGGAGGCCCUCACUAUGAGUGCAUGAGCGACUGCUCCGACCUGAACUCCAUGUUCAGCCGCUGCCGCUCCAUCCGGGUGGAGAGCGGCAUGUUCAUGAUCUACGACCGCCAGGGCUUCACCGGGAACCAGUUCUUUAUGAGGAGGGGCGACUACUCCGACUACCUGGGUACGAGCGGCAUGAACGACUGUGUCAGGUCCUGUCGCAUGAUUCCCACGCACCGCGGCAGCUACAAGAUGAAGCUGUACGAGCACUUCGACAUGAGAGGUCAGAUGAUGGAGCUGACGGACGACUGCCCGAACCUCAUGGACCGUUUCCGUCUGUCCAACUUCAACUCCUGCAACGUGAUGGACGGCCACUGGCUGCUGUACGAGCACCCCCACUACAGGGGGCGCCACUACUACCUGAGUCCCGGCGAGUACAAGGGCUUCAGCGAGUGGAACGGCAACAGCUCCAGGAUCAGCUCCGUCCGGCGCCUCGCGGAUCUCUAA